AUGCAGUUAAUAGAUCUUAUUAACUUCGAUGACGUAAAGUACUACUUGAUUCCAAGAUUGAAAAAUGGAAAGGCUGAUAUAUUUAGAGUCCAUAAACUAGGGAUAGCCCAUUUUCUUAGAAAGCAAAAGAAGCUUGAAAAGUACAUUAAAAAUCCAGAGAAUAGUGAUGACAGGACAAAGUUUUUGGAUAAAUUGGGAUAUGAUUCUGAUACAUUUGAUAUUCAGCAGGAUGACCUUCUAAGGUUUCUCUUUCGAUUCUAUAAUUUCCACAUCCUCCAACCAUACAAAUUCAGUGAAGUCAUUUUAAAAAUUAUAGAGGCGGUUAAAUACAAAAUAUAUAGUUCGUUUAUUAAAAAGUUUGGAGAAACUAGGGUUCAGCAAUUACUUGGGUAUUUCAAGGUUACAACGAAUUUAUCAAAGAUGAAACCCACCCUUCACAGAAUCAACCAAACAGAGCAGGAAAAUAAUCAUAAUCAACCAACGAAGCCUCAUACUGAAAUACGGCACAAUAGACUAAAAGGGUUAGUUGGUAAUUUCUAUCCUGAUAAAAUAAUUUCAAAAAUCCCAAAGAUGGAAGGAGAAUUGGAUUUUAAUAAAAGCAUGAUCACAAUGAAGCCCACACAAGAUUUAGUUUGUGAAUCUGAACUGAUAAUACAAGAAUGUAUUAAGCAAAAUCUAUUUGAACCAAUUGCCGAUACAAAAAAAGAAUUUCUAGUCACCAAUGGCUAUAGAAUAGCCGGAACAUCUUCAAGUGGAGCUGAGACCAGAGUCAUACCAGAUUUGGUUUUCAUGAGGCUUCAACAACAGAUCCCAAUCGAAGUGAAGAAAUGUAAUUUAGAAAAAUACAUUUAUGAUUUCCAACUUAAAGGGCCAAAUGAUGCUUUAUCUAUAUCUUUUAUUGAAGUUUUCAGCCAACUUAUUCGAGAAAUAUAUAAGUCCAAAUCAUCAAUAGGUAUAUUAAGUGACUAUCAAUCUAUACUUGUUGUAGACGUGUCUAAGUGCAGCAUUGGGAAAGUUACUGGAAUCGAGGAAGGAAAGAUUUUGCGUCAAUUAAAAUGCAAAGCUAUACUUUUAAGCGAUAGCCCGGAUUAUAGUGUAAUUACUCAAUUAUUUGGGUUAUUGAAUUGUCAACAGAUGUCAAUCCAAUUAGAGCUUGAAUUGAAUCAAACUGCAAAAGAUUUAAUUACUCGUGAACUAUGUAUUAAGAUUGUAACUUGGAAUAAGCAUAUCCAUUCCUAUGCCACAAAGAACAGAAUAUACGAGGAACACAGAGGGUCGGACAACCAGUCUAACCCUCCUAGUGCAGAUCCAUACAUUAAAGACCUUAGUGAAAAAACAGGAUUAGACAUCAAUGAGAGCAUUUUAACAACGUUGUGUAAAACUAAAUUACAGCACAUUUCGAGUCAAUCAUUCAAUUAUAUAAAGGUAUUAUCUGGAGCCACAUUUGGGGAUAGAAACAGUUUGGUAUUUUUAGUAUCAUUGGACAGUAAUCCUGAAAAGAGGUAUAUACUCAAAGUGUAUGACCCUUUCCGUACAAGCCAGUUUUAUACGAAUGGUUAUAAUAUCAAACAGAGUUAUCUUGACUGUUUGAAAGUGUUUAAUAAAGAAAUAUCAGCAUAUUCUAUUCUUGAUGGAAAUCAAAUGGUUCCAAAGCUUUACGCCUCAGGAUUUAUUUCCUCAGAUCCAGAUCGUUAUGUUGAUCAAAUUGAUAUAGCAAAGCCUCCGAAGGUUUGUGGUUUCUUUUUAUUACUUACUUAUUUUGAAGGUAGGACCCUUAGCCAGGUGAAGAUAUCCGAAAGGUGUAAUUAUAAAGCUGCUUGCUUGAGAGCUAUUGAUGAGGUCCAUUCAUUUGGAAUCGCUCACAAUGAUUUGCAUAGUGGCAAUAUCAUUGUGAGCGAAUCAAUUAACAAGUACGGGAGAACUAAUUAUGAAGCUAAAAUUAUUGAUUUCGGAUACAGGUAUCUAGCUUUGGACAGAAAUAAUUGGAAACGGAAUAAUAAAAGACCUAAAAAGUAUCGAUCGAGUGCUGAUUUAACUUUGGUAGAACGAAUAGAAGAAGAUAUAAAUGAUAUUGAGGAUGCUCUCACAGGUGAUCAGAUUUUACAUAAUUAUAACGCAACUGGAUUUAUUAAGUCUUUGACCUGA